GCCUUGGUCCUCCCGGCUGGAAGAGCAGAGCGAUCCCGUGAUGCUCUGGGUUCUUUUCAAUGGCGCAGGGGUAGGUCGGCGGUGACUGACGCCCAUCAUUAAGGGUUGGAUGAGUGAAGAACGGCGGGGUCAGAAGGACGCCUGGCUCAGUUUGUGGCAACUGGCAGACCCCGGUGAAAUGCUGUAAAAUGUUAGGGAUUGCAAGUGAUUAUGGCAUCUAGAACUCAAAAUGUCAGGCAAGGUGUGUUAUUUGCAGUGGAGGAUGAACUUAUUGAAGAGAAGCAACUUGGUAAAAGAAUGCAUUCUGAUUGCGAUGAGACUAUGAAAAAGGUUAAACUUUCGGAAUGUAAAGAAACGACUCCUAAGAUUCUUCGAUCAUCUACUGAAGAAGCCGAGGAAACCUUACCUAAAACAGUCAAAGCAGUGUGCUCUAAAAAGAAAACUAGACAUCGAGUCCAAAGAAACGUGGACAUCAAAAAGCAGCGACCAAGCUUUUGGAGCUGUGACAUGGCAAAUAAAGAAAAUGAAGUUUUAUGUUCAGGAACUGUACCUAAAGUAUGUAAUGACAAUCGCAACUCACAGCUGAACUCUGGUGAAUUUCCUGCUUCACAGACUGACGGUACUUCUGUGACAUAUGCUGAUUAUUUUGCACAGAUUUCCAAGGAUCAUGCUACUAUGACACAAGUGCUAUUUGGUAGAAACCUAAGACUUAGUGUCGCUCUGACUUUCUGGCAAAAAAGUGCAAGUGAGCUAGUAGCUUAUUUGGUCAGAAUACGGGACACUGCCGUUGUUGCAGAUUGUCUGCCUGUACUUACAAAGAGUUUGGAAGAAGAGAAAGAAAGCAUCUCCAUAGGUUGUUGUGUUGAUCUAUUACCGUUGGUGCAAGAAUUAUUAAGAAGCAGGUUUGAAGAAUACUUGAUCGUUGGUUUGAACUGGCUAUGGGCUGUCCUUAAGCGAUGGUGGCCAGAGCUAUCCGCAAAUGCAAAAAAUAGUGAUGCAACCAAUGUAGAAGACCAAAACAUUGUGAUUAUGAAAGAUCAGUUACGACAGCUACGAGAACAGGGCUAUCAUUUAUCUUCAUUUCCAGGAUAUACUGGAAAAGUAGCUAAGAGUGUGGGAACAUACCUGGAGCAGUUAUACUAAGUAUAUGCAGCAUCCAGGGGACUUUAUUUUCCAAGACUAUCAGCAGUAGCAUCUGCUUUACGACUUCACAUAAAUCAUCUUGUUUGUUGAAAUGUUUGGGAGACCAGCACUGCAGGGAGUAAUCAACAGUAGCUCGGCACUACAUUCAUUGCUGAGAAUGUUCUAAAAACCACUAUUGAACCAUGUGAGGCUACUUCAUAUUGAAGUGGUUUAUUAGCCAAGCAGCAUUUAACUCGACUCCAUGAGCUGACAAAGUGACACUAUUCUACUUUCCAGAUUUAUACGGCCUAACUUGGACAGGAGAUCUGUGUUCUUCAAUAUUGUCACACCAGUGCCAAUCAGCUGCCACUGAAAUGCUGCUUCAGUGCACUUGGACACUAUGAAUGUAUUUUCUGUAUAUUUGAUUCAACUUUGUAAAGUUUGCAAAUGACAGUAGAGCAGUAAGUUAUCAUUUCAGUGAAGUUCCAUAGUUGAGCAUGCAGUUGUUUACUAAUCAUGUCAGCAAGGUGACCUUAACAAAAUGUGCAUAGUACUGUAUUCUUUUAAUUGUACCAUUAAAAUAGACAUUUCAUGUGAGUUUGCACUUAAAUAAAUGUUCUGACUUUACAUAGUA